CGACCACCACCUCGCUCGCUCUCAGGUCGCCUGUACUCACCCCCAGCCUCUCCCCAUGCCUCGCCAGUCCCGCUCUUCCCGUCCCGCUCCUGCUCCCCGCGCUGCCCCAGCUCCUGCUCAGACGAGGGGUGCGCAUACCGCGGCGGCCCCGCAUGCGCCUCCAGCUCACCAGGCUCCACCGGUUCCUCCUCAGGCUCAGGCCGCCUCUUCGCAAGGACCCGGCUUGCUCUCCCAGAUGGCUGCCACCGCCGGUUCCGUCGCUGUAGGCUCGACCAUUGGCCAUGGUAUCUCCAACAUGCUCUUCGGUUCGAGUCACGCACCGGCAGAGCCCGCGGCUCCUGCCCAGCAAGCGCCGCCGCAGAACUAUCAGACCUCAGGUGUCAGCUGCGAGACACAGGCCAAGGAGUUCACUAAGUGCCUCGAGAAGGCCGACCUUCCUUCAUGUACAUGGUAUCUUGAACAAUUGAAGGCUUGCCAGGCUGCCGCUGCUCCUUAUUAGACGGGCUUUAGCUGACCUCUCAUCAUCCAGCUCAUGUUGGUGAUAAAUUGCUCUAAUGCACACGUCUAUUGGCAUAUGUUGCUUCCCAGGAAUGUCAGCUAACGCACGUGGUGCGAACGUACCGACCCACUAAGUCCAGGAUAGCGCGUGGAAAUAUUCUCUAGGAACCGGGUAGCGUCUCCGUGUCCUUCAACCGCGAAGUUCAGCGCACGUGAACCUAUGGCGCCAUAAAUCCCCUCCCAGUCCAAGAUAGCCAGGUCGUCGAAGCGAACGACCGAGACUUCCCGUGCGCCGCACUCAGAGUCCAAAGCUCGCAGAUCUUCCACAUUGUCCGCUCGGAUACGAAGAGCCAUCUUCUCUAGCCGUGGUGACGAAAGUUGAGCUAUGAUGAGCUUAUUGAUCCAGGGUAGUGACAUGUUGCCAGCUACGAACAUCUCCCGCAAGGCGAACUGUAAGCGGCAGCUGCGAACGUGGGAGAGACCCUCCAGUGAAAAUCCUGUGUCGUCGAGUACGGCCUGUAAGUUGCCCUCAGCAUCGAUAUUUAUGUCGAGGUGCUCCAACGAUGCACCCAGGAUACUCAGAGUUUCGGCGACGAGUUCAGCCUCCGCACGCCAGGUAACGAGAGCCUGAAACGACUGGAUUUGAUGCUUUCCCGCGACGAUGCACCUUGAAAAGUGGUUCGUCCAUUGCACACCAGCUAUGCUCAGACUCUUCAGAGUGGGUAGAUCAAUGCUAGCGUGCGAGUCGUUCAGAUCAGAGAGUAGUCGGUCGAUUUCCAGGUGCUCCAGGGCCGGAGUAGUGAGGAGGCGAACCGCAUGCAUGGUGUGCUCAGCCACACACCAGCGAAUGCCUAGCCCCGAGAUACGUCUGAACGACGCAUUCUCUGUGAGUGCAGAGGCCAGAUUUGUGUCAAGCUCCACACUGAUGAGGGCAAGGCGGCGCAGCGAGGGCAGGCAGUCCAGCACAGACAACAG